CUGCUGCAGUGAAGCAAAGUGUGUGAGUUUGAGUAGGAGAGCAGAGCCGUGGAGGAGAAGACACCGGCACAUCCAGCAGCAGAUCCAGCAGCAGCAGAUCCAGCAGCAGAUCCAGCAGCAGAUCCAGCAGCAGCAGAUCCAGCAGCAGAUCCAGGAGACGCACCGGGGAAUGUGUGGGACGCGCCGGGCCGGCGCGCCGUGCACAGCUCUGUCUGAAGAUCUUCAUCUUCUUACCAUCGGCAGGAAGUCCGUGUGACAGCCAGAGGAGGAACGAUGGUGUCCUCGGAGAGCCCAUCACCCGUUCCCCUCACCGCUCUCUCGCGCUGGUACCUCUACGCCAUUCACGGCUACUUCUGUGAGGUGAUGUUCACGGCAGCCUGGGAGUUCGUCGUCAACUGCAACUGGAAGUUCCCGGGCGUGACCAGCGUGUGGGCGCUCUUCAUCUACGGCACCUGCAUCCUCAUCGUGGAGCGGAUGUACCUGCAGCUGCGCGGCCGCUGCGCCGUGCUGCCGCGCUGCAUCAUCUACACCCUGUGGACGUACCUGUGGGAGUUCGGCACGGGGCUGCUGCUGCGCCAGUUCAACGCCUGCCCCUGGGACUACUCGCAGUUCCGCUACAACUUCAUGGGGCUGAUCACGGCCGAGUACGCCGUGCCGUGGUUCUGCGCCUCCUUCAUCGUAGAGCGCUUCGUCAUCCGCAAAACCCUGAGGCUGCGCUUCCACCAGGGGCCCGAGGACGGCUGGUCCUGCGGCGGCAGUGAUUUAAAUGGCUACCUUAAGGGGGAAUGAGCCAUGGACCCGGAACAGCGUGUUCCUUCACACGCAGUCCUCCCCGGCAAGGUCGCGGGGCGAGGACGGACUCGUAACAGCUAGAAAACAAACUGGGGCUUCGAACGCCAAACGUCCACCCCCACUCCCUUCUCCACGCGGGGAACAGAAGAACCACAAAGGGCCAGAACUAAACCUUAAACUCCGUCCGCCCCACAUACUCCGAAUAGCAAAGGAUGAAAAUAAAAACAGCCUCAUAAACGUAAAUAUUAACAGAACCUUUACAGAAUUCCGUAAAGUGCAAUAUUCCCGAAGAAUGAAUAUAAAAUAGCUGCAGUCAUAUUUAAAACGCAUAUUGUCAUUUAGAAAAACUCUAUACUAUACUAACGUAGUUAGAAAAGUCCUUUAAAGUUGCAGUGCGUGGUGACGUGUGGGGGAGGGGUUGGGGGCGUGGCCUACUGGCUCAAAUGCAAUGUAAAUAAGUUUUUUAUUCAUGCAGAAUGAAAAACAGCCGCGGUUUUAUUUUGUUUCAUGUCCCUCCACCGCGUUGCCACAUUACUACGGUAGCUCAGAAGGGACAAAGAGCCAGGUUGAAAAUGUCAAAACUUGAAAACAGUUCUUACUUUCUAACAUUUGUUUUUGUUUUUUUGUUAAGCCGGUUUUUGUUUGUUUGUUUUUGUUUUUUUUGUUCCCUUGAAAAGAAGUGUUUUGGUGCAUGAAGAGCACCGUAAAGGCGUAAUUUAAUGAGUCUCUACGUCCAACACGGUGGACGUCUGAUAGCACCGUUAUGUCUGUCCACCAAGCAGCGUUUCUCAGCGUUUCUCAGAUUUUUCUUUCUUUUCUUUUUUUUGUUUUUGUUUGUGGAGCUGGUCGAUACCUAUAAAAGCCUGGAGAAAAUGCAUGAGAAUAAAUAGUCUUCCAAUAUAGUGCGUUUGAAUCAGUUUAUUUCAAAGCUGAUAGGACAGAGAGCCUGAGCGUCUGCUGAGUCUGGUGCAUGCGUGAAGACGACUGCAGCUCUGGAGGUCGGGCUGCUCAGCCGGCGAUCUGGGCGGGUUCCCACUUCUGAACAGCAUGUUGAAGAGUUCUGGAGGCGGACACUGAACCCCUAUCUGCUCCCGGGGAGCAGGACCAUGGCCUUGCAUGGCAGCCUCGGUACCAUCAGUGUAUUAAAGGCCAACGUGUGUGUGUGUGUGUAUGUGUGUGUGCAAUCGAAUACGAGGGUGCUAAAUCAAUUCACCAUAAUUGCUCGGAGGCCUUUCUGUCAAGGGAACUGAUCAGAAUUACGUCUCAUCUUGAUUUCCUCCCUGCAGUUGGUCUGCAUGUCCACUUGGAGUGCUGGGAUUGGUUACGGUCGUUCUCGUUCACGGCAAAAUGACACAACUUACCUCUGAAACACGUGUUUUUGAAAGCAUGAGGGUGUUGCACACAUCUGAGGUUUCUGGAGUCCAGGAACUAACCAUUAGUGGGGAACGAACACUGAGGGAAGUGCAGCAACUUUCGGCGGGAAUUUAGCGGAGUGUCCCUCACAUUUCGCGUUUGCUGACCACUUCUUUUCUAAAGACAUUUCAGGGAUGGCGUGUUUGGGUUCUGAUGAAAUCAUUCAAUCACGCCUGCAUGGAUUUCUCCAAGCGAGCGAGACACAUCUGACUUCCCUCCCUCUGGUAAUGUGAUGCGCAGCAUUUCACAGUCACGUGAAAAAGAAAGUACAACCUCCAUCCUUCCUAUGGUUUUACACAAUAGGACCAAAUAAAGGUCUGGCCUUUAAAAUGAUGGACGUGCAUUGCUGACGUCGUUCAUCGAGCUGACGAAGCAGCGCGUGGCAGCCGGGUUCUGUCAAUCAAAGAGUUUUGGCAGCGUUCACGUUAAAAAUCUUGGCAGUACAACUGUAGAGCCUCUUUUAUGUAAAAAAAAAAACACAAAAAAACUGUUUAGGUGUUGAGACCAAAAGACCUUUGGACCAGCUUCCUCGCGAUGGAUGAGGCCGCAGUGGAGCUGCCUGGCCUCGAACGCCUCACCUGAACCGUCACGCACGGUGGUGGACGGGGGAUCAUUUGGGUUUUGUAGCAAAGCGCGAAGCUUAGCCAUCUGACGGCUGAAACUGUAAAAGGACAAUUACACAAAAACAUACCAGCAAGUGGUAGAAUGACCGAAAGGGAAAAGAUGCGUGGGAAGGCAUGGGACUGGUGUAAAGAGUGUACUUUCUUAUUACGUGACUACAUAUAAACUCUUCCAGUAUUUAGGGCUGAUUAAAAAUGUUUCCACAACUCGAGUGGACUGAAGCAGAUAGUGUGACCUUUAUUGCUGUGGAGAUGAUGAACAUAUGCCCCCGCCCCCUCGUUUUGGUUCAGAAAGCUUUUCUUAAGCUUGGAGGAAAACAUCCAGUCCUGAAGCAAAAAAAACCCGAACCAUGUUUUCCUACAGUGUCACAUUUCCUUUAUCUCUAAUAUACUUUAUUCGCUUAAAAGCAAUACUACUGAAGCAACGAUUACCCUCUCAGCGCCACGUUUUGACACUGGUAUGCAGCUGAUGUCUUUUAUUUAGUUUCAUUCCUUAUUAAACAUGCAAAUCCAAGUGUAUUCACUGCAAUAUCUGUGUGAGCGAGCAUUCGAUGAGCGUGUGCGUGGGCGUGUGAGACGGAGACGCUGUGGUCUCUUGAAUAUUUAUGUGCAUGUGCAGGACGUUUAAAACGGCUGGUGCUUUUAACUUUGAUCAUGCAUGCUUAAAAACAUCUCAAACUCAGAUUGUAUCCUGAUGAUUUUUAACCCCAGUGUAACUGCAUUCAUCGCUUUUGGUUUUAAAACAAUAAUAAACAAAAGAAAUGUACAGGUUUCCAGUGAAUUGACUGUACUGUAAUUCAGUCAUUUUAAUAAUGUUUUAUCAAACUUUAUUUUGUCAUAAAAUGUACAUGUGUGCGUGGGUGUGUGUCUGAAUGCUUUAUUAUUUCCUUUAAUUGGUAAGAUGGAGAUGUUAA